AUGCCCGAACAGAUCACUCUUUAUGGUCGCAACGAAUCUCCGUACAAUCAUCGGGUAGCCAUAACCCUCGCUGAAGUCGGGGCGAAGUACACGAUGUAUAUUCUCCCGGCUGGCGACAAGCCGGCAUGGUACACUGAGAAAGUGAACCCGACAGGGAAGAUCCCGUCUAUUAGCUACGGCGGGCCCGCGACCGACCCCGCCUCGCCCUCUCCUGAGUCGCGCAAGAUCCCCGAGUCGCUCGUGAUCGCCGAGUUCAUCGCAGACCUCCACCCCGGCACGACACUGGUGCCCGCCGACCCGCUGAAGAAGGCCGACAUGCGGCUCUUCAUCACGUUGUGGGACGGGAAGGGGAUGGAGCACUUCCGCGGCUUCCUGUUCGGCGCCGUCACCAUCGAGGCGUACCUCGCCUUCUUCGAGGAGCUGCAGGCGCGCCUUUCUCCCACGGGCUUCGCGGUCGGGGAGUUCUCGCUCGCGGACGUCGCGAUGGCGCCGUUCCUGCUGCGGAGCGAGAUGGCGUUGAAGAACGAGAUCGGAAAGUAUGCGGUCGGGGAUGGGAAGAAGGUCUUGGACGCGCUAGCGGAACCGAAGUUUGCGAGGAUUCGGAAGUACACGGAGGACUUGAAAGAGUGGCCGAGUGUCAAGAAGACAUAUGACGAGGCCGCCAGCUACGAGGCGUGGGCAAACCUCCCUUAUAUCCAGCGCGCCUGA